AUGGCUCCAGUGUUGAUCCAUCCAACCGGCGUGAACUUCAUCGAAGAGCAGCACCGUCCGGACGUCAACAGUGACGCCGCGACCUACUACGGUGGCCAGGAGAAGUUCAGUCGCUCCAGAACAUAUAGUGCCUCGUUCGCCCAUGGGUACAACCCAAAGCGCAUGCCUACCUUCCAAGACGAGUCGUACAUGCGCUCACGGCGGAUGUCUCAUGACGAGAAGGGCACAGGCCCCAGGCGUUUCCUCAUCGACGUAGAGGAGACCAUCCGUGUAGUUCUUGAGCAAGAGGAUACCGAUGGCGACUUCCAGAUCAGUAUCACAGACGCUGGUCCGAAGCUCAUGGCUCUCGGUACCGCUACCAGCAAUGGGUUCAAAAGCUUCGAUAUUCGAGGAAACUACAUGCUGUCGAACCUAUUGCAAGAACUCGCUCUCGCCAGAGAUCACAACAGAAAGCGUAUCGUGCUCGACGAGGCACGUCUGACCGAGAAUCCGGUCGACCGUCUGUCCCGCAUGAUCAAGAACUCGUUCUGGCACUCCCUCACCCGCCGCAUCGACGGUGACGGUCUUGAGAUCAUUUGCGCAGACCCGAAGAACCGCACAGGGCGUGUGAACCCGCGCAUAUAUGUACCACACGGUGAACCUGCUAUGGCAGAGUACUACAGAAGGGUCGCGCGGGAGAAGCCGCAUCUAAACCUCGACGUCCAGGUUCUUCCGCCGAAGCCUGACGAUCCGAGGUUCGUGAAGAGUUUGAAUACGAAGCCUGGCAUUUUAGCUCUUGCCAUGAAUGAGGUUGAUACUGGUAGAGGUGGGAAAACGCUCAAGGGCAUCCCGUUCAUCGUCCCGGGUGCCCGCUUCAAUGAGCUGUACAACUGGGACUCGUACUUCAUCUCCCUUGGCCUGCUCGUCGACGGGUACACGAAGAUGGCCAAGGGGAUGGUCGACCACUUCAUCUUCGAGAUCAGACACUACGGCAAGAUCCUGAACGGGAGCCGCAGCUACUACCUCUGCCGUACGCAGCCGCCUUUCCUGACGGACAUGGCGCUGCAGAUCUACAACCAGCUUGACCGCUCUGACGUCGAUGCCAACCGCGCGUGGCUGAAGCGCGCGAUCCAGGCGGCGGUCAAGGAGUAUCACACAGUGUGGGUGGCGGAGCCGCGCAUGGACCCGAAGACGGGCCUCUCGCGGUAUCGCCCCGACGGGCUCGGCAUCCCGCCGGAGACGGAAGCAACACACUUCACGCACAUCCUCGAGCCGUACGCAGCCAAGCACGGGCUGUCCGUGCUCGAGUUCAGCGAGCGCUACACCGACGGGACCAUCAAAGAGCCCGAGCUCGACGAGUACUUCCUGCACGACCGCGCCGUGCGUGAGUCCGGCCACGAUACAACGUACCGCUUUGAGAAGCGCUGCGCGAACCUUGGGACGAUCGACCUCCAGGCGCUGCUAUACAAGUACGAGGUCGACAUCGGGACUGCUAUCCGCGAGGUCUUCGAUGACGAGCUCGAACUCGAGGAAGACUUCUCGCUGGCGCCCUUCCCGCCGUCCGUGGAGUCUUACGCGAAUCCCCAUCGUGAGAGCUCGAAGACGAAGCCGCAAUCAAGUGCGAUUUGGUUCGAGCGUGCGGAGUUCAGGAAGCGGAUGAUUGACAAGUACUGCUGGAACGAGAGCAAGAGCUUAUACUUCGACUACGACACUGUCCAGGAGAAGCAAAUCUUAUACGAAAGUGUCACUGCAUUCUGGACACUCUGGGCUGGGUGUGCGAGCGAGGAGCAAUGUUGGAAGCUGAUCUCGAACUCUCUGAAGAAGUUCGAGGUCUUGGGCGGUUUGGUGUCGGGGACGGAGGAAUCCCGGGGGAAGAUCUCUCUAGAUCGUCCGAACCGACAAUGGGACUACCCUUAUGCAUGGCCUCCACACCAGAUCAUGACCUGGGUCGGUCUUGAACGUUAUGGCUACCUGGAGGACGCGCAGAGACUGGCGUACAGGUUCCUGUACAUGAUGACCACUGCGUUUGUCGACUUCAAUGGAGUCGUCCCUGAAAAGUUCGACGCUGUCAGGCUGUCGCAUCUCGUCGACGCUGAGUACGGCAACCAAGGCGUUGAUUUCAAGAUGGUGCCCAGGGAAGGAUUCGGAUGGAUGAACGCUGCCUACCAAGUUGGCUUAUCAUUCCUUUCUACGGGCAUGCGCCGCGCCGUCUCUACUUGCACGAGCCCUGAGGUCGUGUUCGGCCACGUCCUCUCCCAACCCAUGACCUCGCAGCAGUACUCUGCCAGCAUUUCAGACCCGCUCGGUCUCGCGAUGGAGAACCUCCAGCUACCCUCACUCGCCUCCGGGCCCACCGCCCCUCUCGCGUACUGA